AUGGUAGACCCAACACCUCCCUCCAACGCGAUACCUUCGCAGCGAUCUGAACUCAUUCACAGUGCUUUGCUCUCGGAGCCAAACUUCAUACCCUCAACGCUAGCCCCGCCUGGAGCCAUACCGACUGCACCAUUGCCGAUUUCGAACCCAUUGCUCAUUCCCACCGACGGACCGCCGACGGAUGUGACGACUGUGUUGACCACGUCUCAAGGAAAUGCCACAGGGACGCCGCCAAUGCUGUCAACAGUUGAAGGGUUGAAACCAAUUCCGCCUGCCGCGACACAAAUCGGAGAUCCGGAUGGGCAUCACGAAAUCAGCGAGCCAAACUUCAGUUCUACGCGGCCGUGUCGAGGAUGCUCGCCAGUGUUUGAGAUACCUGCUACAGGGUGGCUGGAUAACCCAGUCGGUGAGCAACAUGGCUCCACUAUACAAGAAGAACAGACACAAGCGGCAACAGCAGACCCUCCGCAGGUAACGAUAUCAGCUGGGAUAUCUGACAUUGUUAUUGGCCAAGCUCCAAGCCAUGGUGACUUCGUGAUAGGAAGUUCUUUUACUCUUACACCUGGUCAGAUCGUUACCGUUGGGGACACACCUAUUGUGGUAGAGACCUCAGAAGGCAAGACCAAGAUUGUCGUGGGGACUACUGUCAUCUCACUGCAACCUUUUCAACCUGCUAUCACAGACGCGCCCAUGUCGCAACCACCGGUCCUACUUCCACCAAUACUCACCAUCGGUACCGAAGUCAUUGCGCCCAACGCGCAGACAGAAUACGUCAUUGCAGACCAAACUCUUUCUCCUGGCGGUGAGCCCCUGACUAUAUCCGGGACAACACUCAUUCUUGCACCUUCCGGGACGGCACUCAUCAUCAACGGCGAAACAUCCAGUAUCACUCCAAUGUUUGGUGACGUGUAUACGUCCACAGUCGCGGCUGCCUUGACCUUCAAAGAUCAUGUGUAUACGCCGAAUCGCGCUGGCUACAUUGUGAUAAGUCCUGGCACGACUUUGGUGCCUGGAGGCGUCCCCGUUACAGUUGACGGCACAACGUUGAGCCUCGAGCAUAGCGGAACUGCUGUAGUCGUCCAGGGCACUACAAUGAGUCUUCAACCGGUCACGACAGUCGUCACAUUGACCAAGGGGCCAGAUGCGCUCGGGACAGGGUCGGAUGGAGAUGGCGGGAAUGUCCACGGGCAGUCGACUGGCAACGGCUAUGCCUACCCCACAGGAGAACCGAUCAUCGCGGGAGCGACACGAACUAGUAGUGCGAUACCAGAAAAUUGGCUGGGAAGCUUCCUGUUGCUGAUAUGGUGGGGUACGGGGUAUCUUGCAGUCCGACUAUGA